AGAUGCCAGCAGCGCGAGCCUGCAGGCUCUUCGCAGUCGCCGCCGCCCUUUGCGCCGCCGCCCUGGCGCUGCCGCCCGCAGGAGGCCCCUACACCAUCCGCCUGCUGCAGCAGGAGAGCGUGCUCGUCGUGGGCGACCAGCUGCCGCCGCCCCCUCCGCCCCCGCAACCGCUGCGCGACGUGCUCAGCACGAUGCUCCGCUACCUGCCCAUCUGGACGGACCAGCACCGCCCACCGGUCAUGGAGGGUCCCGAAGGACCGCUGAUGGAUCGCUUCACGACUACGACAGCGGCAACGACCACCUCCAACAGCACGAGGAAGGGCAUCCUCAGCUUCAUCAACGCGCCCGACAGGCCCUGUCCCGGCAACCAGCGCAGGGACGUCACCGGCCAGUGCAGAGAGCCGUGGUAGACGCCGGCGCCCCCAGCAGCCCGGCGAGUCGCCUGCCUCUUCAGAAGGCCACCUGGCGGCAGCAGAGCCGUGCUGCCGCUUGUGGUUGUUGGGAAACGCGUCUCUCCAAUGGCUCCAACAAUGCAUCGUGUAACUCUUUUAAAGAAAUACAGUAAAACAACGUCUGUGUCAUUCGUCAGACAAGCAAAUCGCCUAUGUGAAUAAGAUAAGAACUUCAGAAUUCUGAAGAUACGACUAAGGAAUCUGUGAUGAAUUAAAAAUCAACAGCAUGCCUUCAGAUUACAGAAAGUUUAUUCAUUCAUUUAUAAAUCUGCCAUACCUGUCUCUUACGUAGUAUUGCCUCAACUACCAAAGAC